AUGAACGAUGAAGAGGAACGGAUCUACAUGUAUUCUGAUAUUUUCUCGCAUGGACUGAGUGGAGAAGAACACAGCGACGAUACAGGCGAGAGGGAAAAAAAGAAGACCCAAAAAAAAAAAAAAAAUCUUAAGGAUAAUAACAUAAAGAAUGGAGAAAAUGAAUACAGUAAACUUCGGGCAGAAAACUCAACCAUUUUAAAUAACUACUUUGAUGUAGAACCCAUAAAAAGUUUUAGCCCUCAGGUGGUUAAUGCGUCCUUGCACAGUGACUUCUUGCAAUUUCCACAGAACAACGAACACACGCUGAAUAUCUUCGAUGGAGAACUCACCCAGCAUAAGCACUCCGUUCAGUUGCGCAAGCCUGGGUUCUACUGCAUCUACGUGGAAAAUAGCAACAAUAGCAAAUGGGAUAGCAUCUACUUUGGGUUGUCCAAGAUGCAGGUGGAAGUGAACUACAAACUGAUCCCGCAGAAUGAGGAAAAUGCCACUCAGGGGAAGGCUCAGGAAAGGAACAAAGAGGCCUUUCGAGGGAAACCCCAACGGAAGAAAAGCCCAUCGGCUAACCAGAAGGAGGAGGAAGGGGACCUCUCUGACGAUGUGCCCGAUGACGAUAACGAUGAUGACCAUCAGGAUGACGACGUGGAAAAGGAAGGAGAGGAAAGCGAUGUAGACGUGGAGGAAGAAAAAGGUGAAAAAAGAGAACCAAUGACAAUGGAGAAGGAAAACCUGAAUGAUGAAAUUAGCAGAAUCUGUAAUUUCAAUUUUGAUCAGACAGAUAUUUUAUUUCAAGAUUCCAAAGAAAUAAAAAACACAAAACAUAUGAAUAACAUUAAGGGGAGAAACAAAAACUGUUAUAAUAACCUGAGGGUGAAAAAUAAAAAAAAGGAGUCUGCUUUGUUUGAAGAGAAUAAAACGAAUACGGAAAGCUUUUCUUGCACUUUCCACAAUGAAAAUCAGAUAAGGGUUUCUUCGAAAAAGAAGAAAUACGUUUAUCUGUACAAUAACAGUGCCAAUAGUAUGCUACACUUGAAUGUGAGCACUUGCAUGUCCCUGGGCAUGACCAUCGAGUGUCGGUACGGGUUGCUUUACUGUGGCAAGUACAACCAGAUCCCGCAGGAUCCUUACACUCCGUUUAGGAAACGCGUUUCCAUACUGUCCCUGGACGGAGGAGGCAUCCUAGCCAUGUCCACGCUAAUCGUGUUGAAUAGAAUCGAAAAUGAAAUCAGGAAGGUGAUUGGCAACGACGACGUGAAAUUGAUCGAUUGUUUCGACAUGGUCUGUGGAACGAGUGCAGGUGGACUGAUUUCCUUGGCUCUUCUAAAACAGAUGGGCCUCCGAGAUGUGACCAAUCUAUUACCAAGUACCAUGCAAAAAAUAUUUGUAGGAAAUAGGAACAUAAUUUCUGGAAUCCUAUUCGAAGGUUACGACAUUAAUAAUGUUAAAGAUUUAUUUAUGGAAAAACUAGGAACGAUGAUUAUGUCAUCAUAUAAGAAAGUGUAUUGUUUCGUGACAGCAACUGAUGUGAAGCACAACCCAUAUAAGUUGUUCCUCCUGAGGAACUACACUCAUAAGUACAAUGCAAUAAAUGGAGAAUCUUACGAAGGGAUCAAUAAAUUUCCAUUAUGGCUAGCUGCAUGGGCAACUGCAUCUGCCCCAACGUAUUUGAAAGGACCCAGUUCUGAGGAUAUGAAAGAUCUAGGGUUCCAUAUAAAACCAGAAAUACACCUGGUAGAUGGAGCGUUGAAGGCGAGCAACCCUGCACUUAUCGCAUUGGAAGAAUGUGCCAGACUGAACAACAAAAAUCUUUCUUCCUUUAUUAAGGAAGACCUAGAUACAAUCGUUUCUAUAGGGACAGGAAAAUCUCCAACCAAAUUAACACAAUCAGCAGCUAGUGGGAAAUCUGCCUCCACAUUUGAAAUAAUAAUUAAUUCGGCUCAUCUACUAACAAGAGCAAAUGAAACACAUCGAGAAGUUUUGCAGUGGCUCUCCGACAGAGAGAAUACCUACUUCCGAUUUAACGUUCCCAAUAUUGGGGAUAUAAAUAUUGAUAGCCAAGAUGUUCGUGAUUUUGAUAUCAUCGCCAAGGCCACGCGGGACUACCUCUUCGAUGAAAAAUUCUACGAGAUAAAACGCUUGGCGCAUAAAUUAGCUAACAACUACAUGCGCUCCAGGUAUCUGUAG